UGAAUGGGAUGCCAGAAAACGAAAAAUUAUCUAGGAGAUGCAAUGCGCAGGAUCCAAGUGACAAGUCCAGGAGUAGGUUGAGAUGAAAUGGUGAAAAUCAAUAUUGUGGAGUUCCUGUAUAAACGUUGUUAAACAACGCACGGCAACUUUCGUUUACAGUGAAAUAAGUUGGCAACGAAAACAGAAAGAAAAAGGGAAGGAGGUCGCACGAUCUUGAAAGAAUAGAAUGCAAUGAACCCAGUGCCAAAUCGUGACUUUAUGGAGGUGCAUCCGCUGCAUCAGCAUCAGCCUCAUUGUAAGCAGCAGUGUUUCGUGUUUACGGAGAUUGCGGAUAUCGAGCUGCCUGCCGAGAUCACAAAGUUUGGAGGUGGCAAUGAGAAAUUGCGGUGCUCCAAUGGAGGCAUACCGACCUCCUACAAUUGCAAAAAGGACUCUUGCAGCGAGUCUUCCGCUGAGCAUCCAGGACGUUCCCGAGGUCGCCGCAUUCUGGUGGGCAUUUGCCUUGUCCUAGUCUGCAUUGCCAUGGCCGGUGGUAUACCGUUAGCACUUCAGUUGCGCUCCUCGUCGCUGCUGGAGGCACGCUUGGCAUUCAUACGACGCUUGUUGACCGAAUCGCCGCUUAUCGAGGGCUCCUGGAAGCCGCCAAGUGACAUCAAAAUGAAUGCCAGUGGCUUAGCCGACAUCCGCCAGAACCAUAUCGGUGCCGUGCUCUGGCCCAUCGCUGUCCACUGUGGUGCCCAGUAUCUGGAUGCAGUUCAGCUCGCCCUGGAGGGCAUCGAUGAAGCCAAACGUAUUACAGCUGCCACAAACUCGAUGCAUAUUGUCGAGUCUGCCGACGAAAUGGAGCAGACCCACAUCAGGGGCGAGGUGGCUGUCCUAAUGGGUAUUGGUGGAGGUCAUGCCUUGGGCACCAGCCUCGCCGUACUGCGCUCCAUCUAUUUGCUGGGCGCUCGCUUUGUCUCGGUUACUAGCCUGGAAUGCACAACUCCGUGGGCUGCCGCUGCCAUACGGAGACGGGAUUAUCUCAUCGAGGAAAACGCUACAAAUUCGCUCAACGAAUUCGGAAAGACAAUGCUCUACGAAAUGAACCGCCUGGGAAUGCUAGUGGAAAUAUCCCAGCUCAGCGAAGCGGCAAUGGUUAUAGCCCUACGGACCGCCAAGGCACCGGUUCUCCUAAUGAAUGCCGCACCGCUUUCCUUGUGUAAUAGCACAAAUGUGGCUUCCAUUCCUGAUCAUGUGCUCAGCCUGCUACCGGAAAAUGGAGGAGUAAUUUUGCUGAACCUAGAGCGAUGUGGUGAUAGACAAAUCAGUGUACGAGAGGCAAUACUUGCCAUUAACUAUGUCCGAAAGGUGGCGGGCGUGGACCAUAUUGGAUUGGGCGGUGCUCCCAAGAGCUAUGCCCUAUUGCUGGCCGAGUUGGCUCGAGAUCGUGUAUGGGGAAAUGCCGCUAUCAAAAAGUUGGUUGGUGGAAAUGUCAUGAGGAUUCUACGCGAAAUCGAGGCCCUGAAGAAUCGUAUGCCUCUAUAUGAAGAGUGGAUUCCCAAUGAGUCGAUUGAAAGCAAUUCAUAUUGCCGUUAUCCAGAGUCGUAAAGUAUAUCACACUAAUAAAUUUGUUUGUUUACUAAAAGAUAGAUAAAUAAAUCAAAAGAUUAUGUAGUUGAAAACUA